UUGGAUUUGACAAUUCGAAGAAUGUGUUAAUGUUUAUUUACUAAAGUAUUUUACCAUGUUACAGGAAUUAAAUAGUCUAUAAUAGGUUAAUAACCGUUUUUGUAUGAAUCAGUUUAAGCUAAUACGUAGAAGUAGAGUGAAAAACAAGCAUUAUUUACAAUAACUUAACCUACGUCUUAAUCCACAAUGGAAUAUACACCGGCAUUGUCAGCUUUUAAAGGUUUAUUUUUAUCUGCAGACAACGUUUAUUCAUUUUCUAAAUUGACAGCAAAAGGCGGCAAUGAAGAAAAAUUUAAAUAUAUAAUUAGUCGUAUAUACAAAUUUCUCGAAGAAGCUGAUUACGUUAAUAAAGAUGGAAAGGGAAUCAUAGAAAGCUCGAUAUCAAAGUUAAGACAGCUAUCAUUAUUUAUAAUAUUAAAUGCCGACUUACCGUCAUUAAAGGAGAUUGAAGAAAUUGAUGAAUUAGAAAUGUUUGUAUGGGCAGUACCCACGAUAUCCAAAUGUCUUAUGUGCGAAUUGUUCUGGAAACUUCAUUUUGAUAUAUUUGUAUAUGAAUUAAUUGCAUACUCUAAUCCCCAACUGAGUUUGGAAAUCAUGACUGCAUUUACUGACAAUAUUAAAUAUUAUACUCCUCAUGAAUGUCUAGACAAAUUGAAAGUCAUUAAUAUUGCAACUCACAAACUUAUAUGUAGGUUGAAUCUCUUUAAUUAUGAAGAAAAUAUAUUAUCAGAUAAACUAACAAAGGCUUUUAAUAAUUUUCAAAAAUGCCUUGAAUAUUUCACAGUGCCUCCUAAAGCUGAAAAGCUUAAUAAUCUUAGUAAAGAUGAAAUGUAUAAAUACAAUGGUUACUGUAUACAUACAAUGCUACUACUCAUUAAUGAGUGUAUGGAACAGUACAUGGCAAUUCCAGAUUUAUAUCCAAAUGACAUUGGUGAGUUCUACACAUUGACACAUACAGGAGGAACUAGCGUGAAUAGAGUAGAGUUCAUAGUGUCUGAUAGUCCCAAUACAAUAAUAUUAGAUUGUUUGAAGAAGUGUUACAUUAUGCUUCUUGACAAAUUUCAGCAGUUAGUCAUGGGUGUCAGCAUAAAUAUAUUUUGUGCUUGGAGUGAAUUUACACUAAAUGAUAGGAGUAUGCAACAAACAAUUGGAGAAAUGUGUUUUAAAACGCGUAAUAUUUUAUUGAAUGUUGCGAGUAUCUCAGACCAUCCAGUUAUAGAUAUGAUACAGCAGAUAGCCUGCAAGCCAUUGGAGAGCCUCGAUUGGAGAGACCUAAUUAACUCAACGGAUUCUGCUGCUAUCAUUGAUAGCAUCAACAGCAACAAUCAAGACAAAGCAGCAUGCUUGAUGGCAUUAAUACAUAAACAGAAUUUAUUCCAAGACAAUAAUCUUAUUAAAUGUCUCUCUUCUAAUAUACAAUUCCUAAAUGAAGAGGCUUGCUAUGAGCUAUUUCAUAUCAUAAAAAAUAAUUUAAACUGUAGUCCACAAAAUAAAGAAUUAUUAGAAAAUCUUGCAGUCAAAUCAUUUCAGCACUGUAGUGUUGAUAAAAAACAUGAAAUACUCGCCGAGCAUUUUAGCAAUAAGACUUUUGUUGACAUGACUGAAAAUAUAGAAUUUGAUACUAUAUUGAUGGAAACAUUUAACAAAUUCAUUAUUUCACCAAACACUGAUAUGUCUGAUAUACUUCAUGUUUUUCUUCAAAAUCCUAGACGAGUUUACAGAGAGAUAUUCAAACUGGCUGCUGAAAAUAUUCAACAAACAAAUAUUAUGCUGGAAGGAAUGAAGUUAUUGCAAAACUAUUCAAGUCAUUAUUACAGUUCUGACACAGAGCCUUGUAUUGUUCUUGUGGUACAGGAUUGUUUAGAUAAUUUUGAACAGCCUAAAAUAGAAAAACUAUUAAGUUUUCUGUGUGGUUUGAAAAAUUGCAAUUGUAUAACAGGGCCAAAGUUGCUCCUUUUAAUUAUUAUGCCAAAGUUACACAAAGCUUUGAUAGAUAAGCAUUUGGAAUGUCUUUAUACACAAAGUAAGUUAUUGUAUGAGGCAUACAGUCUUGACGAAUUAUUAGAAUAUAGAGCACCAUUACUGGCUAUGUUGGCUCAAAUGCUUGAUGUUGUUCGCUGGAAAAUAAACACAUUUGAGCCGGCAGCCCCAAAAGCUCUACAAUCUAUAUUACAGCUACAAAUUCUGCUAUUUAAUACAUAUUCAUCUGAAAUACCUGAAAACGAAAGCAAUUGGUUAAAAAAUAAAGUGAGGAAUAUGCAACCACUAAAUAUGUAUUAUUAUCGAAAAUUAUGGAAUCCACCAGGCAGGAACUUCCUUGAAGUAGUGACCAAUAAGCAAAUACACAAGGACAUAGACAAAGAACAGUUGGCUACAUGGUUAUCACAGAUUAUUUGUUCAAGUAAUCAAGAGGAGUGGUGUGAAUUAUGGGACAGUAUAAGCAUAUUUUCAUACACAGUGAUAUUGGAUAUAUUUCAUGACGCGAUGUCACUAAUCACUAUAGCUGAGGGAGCCAACAGCACACCGAACACUUGGCAAUGUUUGCAGUACUGCUACAGAAAUUUCGUUUUCACUAUAAGGUAUAAAUUCUUUAAGGAACCUCUAACUAAUGAUCAAGUGUCGACCGUUGUUGAUAAAAUGUCGAUUACAACCAAUCUUAUGGGCGAGAAUCACAUAGAAGAGAUGGGAACAAUUUUACUACCUUUAUUUGCGUACAUGGCUGAAAGGAAAAAUGAUUACAAUAUAAAUUUGUCGCAUUACAUGCAUAACAAGCUCAGACAUUCCAAGUUUGCUGACACAGUGACUAAAGUGUUCCUCAAUGGUAAUCUCUGAAAUGGAAUAACUACUAUUUUACGUUACAUAUUUGGUUUUCUUUUUGUAAAUCCGUAUAUAUUUUUUAUUGUUCAUUAUAUGUAACUCUGUACAUUUUACAGCAUAAAAAGAGAUGUUCUGUGGCCAAAAAUUAUUGUUUCACUUUUUUUUGUUAUUUAAGAGGCACUUCUCUGUAUAUUACAGUACUAGCGGCACGUCCCGGCUUAGCACGGGUGGAAA